GUGUAGUUGAAAACAUCUUCGAACAGAAAUGAUUGACUUAAAUAUUUUAAAUUUGAAUGAAGACUGCCUUCACCACAUUAUUACGUAUCUAAGCAUCAAAGAUAUCGUCAAUUUUGCGGAUACCCUGCCCAGGUUUCGACAGAUUCUGUUGGAUAGACCGCCAACCUCCUACCCAGUACAUCAUGGAAGUGAUCCCGAUGGUGUGAAACCAGUAUUGUAUUACUCAACAGUUGCCAUCAAGCUGUUCAGGAUCGUAAAAAAUAACGUAAAAACUUUGGGAGUUAUCCAAGGACAUAGUUACGAUAAGGAAGAUCUAGGAAACCUUGUCAAGGACUUUCGAAUUCUAACACAAAGAAGGAACAAAAUUGAUCUCAGACAUUGCCUUGGAGAAAUGUCCAGACUUGAGGAUAUGUUUCGAUUUUCGUCUUGCUCUCGUGACUAUUUGAGUGUAAACGUCCCAUCUUGUAUUUGUUACCUUGCGGACUUUUUUCAACUUAUUCCCGACUUGCGGGAGCUUCGACUUUCCGGAUUUGCCAAGUGUUCGGAUUGUGUUAAAACAAUCUUGAAAUGCUUUCCCAAGUUGGAGGAACUCUGGAUUCGGGGAACCUGCCUCAAGCUUCGAUCUGAUUAUGAGCUGAUAUCGCAGAUCAAAUCUUUGACGAAACUGUCGAUAAAUGUGGGUGGACCUAAUUGUCUGGAGCCUUUGACCAAUUUAACUGAACUCCGAUCUCUUUAUGUGGAGAGUAUCUUCAGCUACAUAUCUCCAAUUGAAAUCAUAGAAAUAAUAAAAAAGUGUAAGAAGUUGCAAUUCCUAUUUUGCUACUACAUAAAUCAUGGAGAACAUCCACAAGAUUCCAUUGCAAAUAUCUUCAAGAGCAUUAGAUCGACUCGAGAUCCUAGCCAUCAAACCCCCCUUCAAUUGCACACAUAUUUGGAUCCACCUUUGUGUGAAGAAAAUAGACAACUAAUUGAUGAAGCCUACUUCGAAUAUCGCCGACUGCCUUGAAAGGACUUGCCUUAUUUAGAAUGGACUUUGAAAACAAAUACUCACCAUUCUUUUUUCGUCUCGAAA